UCCUCACCAUGUCCAAGAUGCCGGCCAAGAAGAAGAGCUGCUUCCAGAUCACCAGUGUCACGACAGCCCAGGUGGCCACUAGCAUCACCGAGGACACCGAGAGCCUGGACGACCCGGACGAGUCACGCACCGAGGAUGUCUCUUCUGAGAUAUUCGACGUGUCUCGGGCCACGGAUUAUGGCCCUGAGGAGGUCUGCGAGCGUAGCUCCUCCGAAGAGACACUCAACAAUGUUGGGGAUGCGGAGACCCCCGGGACAGUCUCCCCAAACCUCCUCCUGGACGGGCAGUUGGCGGCCGCGGUGGCAGCCCCCGCCAACGGAGGGGGAGCCGUUUCGGCCCGGAGCGUGGCUGGGGCGCUGGCCAAUACUCUGGCGGCGGCUGCCACCUCAGUCCCCUCUUCGGGGGCACCUGGAGCCUCUCCGGCCUCGGGUUCAUCUGCGGGGCCAGGGACUGCAGCCCCAUCGCAGCCCCCCACCACUUGUAGUUCCCGUUUUCGCGUGAUCAAGCUGGACCACGGGAGCGGGGAGCCCUAUAGACGCGGUCGAUGGACGUGUAUGGAAUAUUACGAGCGGGAUUCCGACAGCAGCGUCCUGACCAGGUCCGGGGAUUGCAUUAGACACAGCAAUACUUUUGACCAGACUGCGGAGCGGGACAGCGGCCUGGGCGCCACCGGAGGGUCGGUGGUGGUGGUAGUAGCCUCCAUGCAGGGGGCGCAUGGGCCCGACUCGGGAACUGACAGCUCCUUGACUGCUGUGUCACAGCUACCCCCGUCGGAGAAAAUGAGCCUGCCCACUCCGGCCUCGCUGCCGCCGCCCGUAGGUGGGGCUGUGGCUCCAGGGUCGGCUCCGAUGCCGCGGUUCCCGGGAGCUGUGGCCGGUCCGCCGCAAGUGAUGGCAGCCCCGCAGUCCUGCCAACCCCAGGGAACCAAUGGACAGAAUGUAACCCUUGCGCAGCCCGCCAUGUCCCUGCCUCCGCAGCCUGGCCCGGCCUCCAGCGCUUCUGCGACGCAGCAGCCCCAGCAGUUUGCGUAUCCUCAGCCUCAGAAUCCGCCGGGGCAUUUGUUGCCGGUCCAGCCAUCCGGUCCGAGUGAGUACCUGCAGCAGCACGUGGCCGGCCUGCAACCGCCGAGCCCUGCACAGCCGUCCGCCACCGGCGCAGCCGGAGCGAGCCCCGCCGCGGCGGCCAACCUUCCGGUGGGCACUGGCCAGAAUGCCUCCUCGGGGGCUGCGCAGAUCUUGAGCUCCUCUUCCCUGCCUAGUGAAGCCGUGGCUCCGGGUCCGGGACCCGCGCCAGGUGGACAGGCCGCACCUUGUCAGCCAGCUGGAGUUCCCCCCGCCGCUCUAGGAGGCGUGGUGCAACCGGGCCUGGUUCCUCCCGGGGCCGGGCUGCCCCAGUCCGCGCCUCCGCCUCAUAUGGGAGGCAGCGGUGCGCCGUCUGCCGGGCCUAGUGGCCCUCACGCCAUGGUGCCCGGAGUUUCAAACGUGCCUGCCACUGUGCCCGCUCCAAGCGUGCCUAGUGUGUCUACCACAUCUGUUACUAUGCCAAAUGUACCCGCGCCCCUGGUCCAGUCGCAGCAGCUGAGCAGCCAUACUCCAGUCAGCAGGAGCGGCAGCAUAAUCCAGCAAGGGCUGUCCUUAGCGCAAGGUACACAAAGUGCACCAAGUCUACCACAGUCUGACUUAAGCCAGUUUCAGACUCAGACCCAGCCUUUAGUCGGGCAAGUUGACGAUACUAGAAGAAAAUCAGAACCCCUACCUCAACCACCACUUUCUCUCAUUGCUGAAAAUAAGCCUGUUGUGAAGCCUCCUGUUGCAGAUGCCCUGGCAAACCCCCUUCAGUUAACACCUAUGAACAGUCUGGCCACCUCUGUAUUCAGCAUAGCUAUUCCUGUUGAUGGUGAUGAAGACAGGAAUCCUUCAACUGCUUUCUACCAAGCGUUCCAUUUGAACACGUUUCAGGAAUCAAAGAACCUCUGGGAUAGUGCAUCUGGGGGAGGUGGUGUAGCCAUUGACAACAAAAUAGAACAAGCAAUGGAUUUGGUGAAAAGCCAUUUGAUGUAUGCAGUAAGAGAAGAAGUGGAAGUUCUAAAGGAACAAAUAAAAGAAUUAGUUGAAAGAAACUCUUUACUUGAACGAGAAAACGCACUGUUAAAAUCUCUUUCAAACAAUGAUCAAUUAUCCCAACUCCCAGCCCAACAGGCCAAUCCUGGUAGCACUUCUCAACAGCAAGCAGUGAUAGCACAGCCUCCGCAGCCAGCGCAACCUCCACAGCAGCCGAAUGUCUCCUCAGCAUAAAGCUUUCUUGCCUCAUUAAGAAAAAACUGAAAGCAGUCUAUCCUGUGUGCCACUGGUGUUCUUUCCACUUUAUAUGAAAGCAAGUAGCCAUGCUUUGGUUGUGUGUUUGGCCUUUUCAGUAUUAGACAAUCAUUCUACAAGAGCUUUUCCUCUCUUUGAGAUGACAUGCAGCACUGUUGAUGUCCAGCUUUACGUCAUCAGUACACAAGGAGAAUAAUAAUGGGGGUUUAUUAAAGCAAGCAAAGUCUGCCUUUUACCUGGUGGGCAUGAGUGGGGUCUUCUAAGAGCUUUGGUGGCUCUUCCAUGUUUCUAUUACAUGGAUUUACCCUGAGCCUUCCUAUCAUAUUAUAAAUAACAGUUCAUCUAAAGAGCCACUUUUCUUUCAAUAUCAGUAACAUUUGCCUAUAUAAGUUUUCAUUUAUUUGUGUUUUAUUUAUUACAGGGCUGCUAUUUUCAUAAUGUACAUGAACAAUGUCACAGAACUUUUUUAAUUUUUUGAAUAAUUAUAAGUAUCAGUAAAGGAAUUGAAAGACAGGAUUGCGUUUAAUAGAUAAAACGUUUAGGCAAUAAUUGAACAAAAGAAUCCUGGCAUAUUUCUAACACUAAUGGCAAUUUACCUUCGGUAUUUAUUUUUAGUAGUGAAGACCCAGCUUGAAUGUAAAUUUUGUAUAGUGUAAGUAUGAAGAACAUAGUGCAACUGUACAGGUAGUCACCAGUUAUUGUGAUAUAAUAAAUAAUUGGGCUAUUUUGAUGAAGAAAACUUUGUUCAUUUGUUUCUACUUUCUAAUAGAAAAAUUGCCACGAUUCCUCUGCUUUUUGACAUUUCGUAUGACUUUUUUUUGAGAGGGUGGGAAUAAAAAGCUGUGAAAUUGUUCAACCUACUUUGUAACCAAAGAAGCAAAGCUGUGUAAUGGAGUUUUUGUUUGUUUUUUUUUUUAUAUAUAUAAUGCACAUUCUUUAUGUAUUUUUUUUUUUUUUAGUGUUUUCUCGGUCACAAUUUUCUUUACUGUCUAGCAUGAUCUGCAUGACCUAUACUCUUUGAACCACUUUCGUACCUCAUGUUUUUAUCCAGCACUCUUAUUGUAAUAUGUACUAGUCUGUGAACAAUGUCAAAUAAAAAAGAACGGACAGGUAGUAUGGUGGAGCUGAGCUAGUGUACUAUACACUAGUUGUAAAAUACAAAAAAAAAAAAUGAAGUGAGCCAUCUUUUGUUCAUUUAAAAUGGUGUUUUGAAUUUCGUAUGCAGAAAACGUUUUGUUACAUUGCAGAUUUUAAUGUAUUUAAUAAAUGCAACUUGCAGAUAAA